GGAAGAGGCAGAGUUCAGAUCGUGUUGGAGCCUCUUAGGUGAAGGCAGGCAGCUCUUCCAAACCUGCGAGUGUCCUGCUGCCUUUCUGGACUGGUUUUGUUUUUCCAUCUUGUGGUUGUGGAGUGUUGACGUCCUGCUUUUGAUUUUGAGCGUGGUGGUUUCCGGCGUGGCCUAGCCAGUGGUGCUAGAGGCAGCGGUGAGCUACAGGGCUGCAUGCCAUGGGCUGUGUCUUCUCCCUGCCAGAGGACAGGAGAGAUGCUGCUGAGAGAGCACCCACCACAAGAGAGACAAGUUUCAUUGAGAAAAUGAAGAAAACCGGCAAGAACAUCAUUGUGUUCUACGGCUCCCAGACGGGCACAGCAGAGGAAUUUGCUAACAGACUGUCCAAAGAUGCUCAACGUUAUGGCAUGAAAGGAAUGGCAGCAGAUCCAGAGGAGUAUGACAUGGGGGAACUGUCCCGUCUGUCGGAGAUUGAAAACUCCCUUGCCAUAUUUUGCAUGGCCACCUAUGGCGAAGGAGACCCAACAGAUAACGCCCAGGACUUCUAUGACUGGCUGCAGGAAAAUGAUGAUGAAGACCUCAGCGGACUAAACUACACUGUAUUCGCUUUGGGCAACAAGACAUAUGAACACUACAAUGCAAUGGGAAAAUAUGUUGACAAAAGGCUGGAAGAACUGAGAGCCAAGCGCAUCUUUGACCUCGGGUUGGGAGAUGAUGAUGGGAAUCUGGAAGAGGACUUCAUUUCAUGGAGAGAGCAGUUCUGGCCGGCCAUCUGUGAGCACUUUGGAGUGGAAGCCUUAGGAGAUGAUUCAAGCAUACGGCAGUACGAGCUGCAGGAGCACACUGACAUCAACAUGAACAAAGUGUACACAGGAGAGAUUGGUCGCCUGAAGAGUUUUGAGGUCCAGAAGCCGCCCUUUGAUUCGAAAAACCCUUUCCUAGCCCCAGUCACUGUCAACCGCAGACUCAACAAAGCUGGUGAUAGACACCUAAUGCACCUGGAACUCGACAUAACAGGCUCCAAGAUCAGAUAUGAGUCAGGAGACCACGUUGCUGUUUUCCCUACAAAUGACUCUGGGCUGGUGAACAAGCUGGGACACAUCCUUGGAGUGGACCUUGAUGUGGUUAUCUCUCUCAACAACCUUGAUGAUGAGUCCAACAAGAAGCACCCUUUCCCCUGCCCCACCACCUACCGCACGGCCCUCACUCACUACCUGGACAUCACACACCCCCCUCGCACCAAUGUCCUCUACGAGCUGGCACAGUACGCCUCUGACCCCAAAGACCAGGAGAACAUGCGCAAGAUGGCCUCCUCCUCCCCCGAGGGCAAGGCUCUCUAUCAGAGCUGGGUGUUGGAUGCCAGUAGAAACAUCCUCGCCAUCCUGGAGGAUAUGCCUACUUUGAGGCCUCCCAUUGACCAUCUGUGUGAGCUGAUGCCUCGGCUCCAGGCUCGCUAUUAUUCCAUUGCCUCCUCCUCUAAGGUUCACCCCAACAGUAUCCACAUCUGUGCUGUAGUGGUGGAGUACAAGACCAAGACUGGCCGCAUGAACAAAGGAGUUGCCACCAACUGGCUGAAAAACAAACUGGUCUCUGACAAUGGCCACAAGUCCACUGUUCCCAUGUACAUCCGCAAAUCUCAGUUCCGCCUGCCCUUCAAAGCCACCAACCCAGUGAUCAUGAUCGGCCCUGGGACAGGAAUCGCUCCCUUCAUGGGCUUCAUCCAGGAGAGGGGCUGGCUAAAAGAGCAAGGAAAGGAGGUUGGAGAGACGGUGAUGUACUUUGGCUGCAGGCAUAAGAAUGAGGAUUAUCUCUACCAGGAGGAGCUGGAGGAAGCAGAGAAGAAUGGAGUCCUAACACAGCUUAAUGUUGCCUUCUCCAGAGACCAGGAGCAGAAGGUGUACGUGCAGCAUCUCCUGAAGAAUAAUAAGGAGGACCUCUGGAAGCUGAUUCACACAGAAAACGCUCAUAUCUACGUCUGCGGGGAUGCAAGAAACAUGGCUAAGGAUGUGCAGACGACCUUCCAUGAAAUCGCAGAAGAAAUGGGAGGCAUGGUGCGCACCCAGGCCACAGAUUACAUCAAGAAACUGAUGACCAAGGGACGCUACUCACAAGAUGUCUGGAGUUAAAGAGCCUCAAACACAGUCUGAUUCUCACUACUCAAGUGGUGGUUUUAAAAUUUCUAUUUUUAUUGGACAUCUUUGUUUAUCUGAACUGAUUGUAAAAAAAAAAAAAACAAACAAACAAACAAACAAAAAAAAAAACACUUGUUCAUACUCACCCUGGUUAAUGAGAGCUACAAGUAGCAGAUCAUGAGGCAACCCCUACCUCAGAAGGUUGUAAUAAACCCAUUCAGCAAUUUCAGUCUUUUUUUCCUAUUUAUGUAUACUACAUUUUAUACCUGGACCACCAGCCUGUGUCUGCUGGAGUCCUCACUUGAGCCAUGGUCUCAGACCAAACAACACUUACUUGGUAUCCAGAGACAGUUAGGGGAUACAUAUGAAUGAAUGAAUUAGUGUAAUUGGGUGUACGACUGCAACUAUGGCCAUUCAGAUUGGAUGUAGGAACUUGCAGACAUGAGUAAAAUAAGAAUGAUAAGAUGCAAAUGCAGAAAAUACUCAUCAUAUUUUCAGAUUUAAUUUUGAUUAGACACAUUUUUUUGAUACUAAUGAGUCACUCAGUUUAGCUGUGCAUCUUUUUAAAUUGAUGAUGACUCUGAGUAGAAAAUCCAUCUGUUUAGUGGGACAGGGAUGCCCCAAUCCCAAGCUCUGGAUGUACAUAAUAUAAUUCCACUGUGAACAUACCGAUUCACAUUGAAAAUUUAGAAAGCUCAUUCUGUUUGCCAUCAUGAGGUAUUUGUAACUUUCAUCCAACUGAUAAACAUUGCAGUACUACAGCAGAUAAUAUCCCAUCAUACUGUAUGUCUAAGUGAACAUAAUGAGCGUUGUGUGUUCCUGUUGCAGUGUGAACACUCGGAAGCUUUAGUUUCGCCCAGAGCUGAUCUCAUAGUACUUUUAUAAGUACUUGAAAUACUUUAAAUGUUUUAAAAACUUUGUUAAAAUUCUGUGAGGAAAAUGUUUGGUGUAACAAACUGGCGUCAUAGGUACAAUUAUGUUUACCUUUGUAUUUUGACAAGGGAUUUUCCUUUUAUGCAUAAGUUGUUGUUCAUUGUAAUCAGUGAGGGUAACCUUUUGAAAGGCAUGAAGAGUUGUGCAAAGGGAAAAAUCAUUUAUAGAAAAAACAUGAGAUUAUUUGCAUUUAGUUUCCCAUACAAAUCUGCCUGUAAACAUGAGGAAAAUGAAUUCAUAGGUACCCUGUGAUAUUUGUAAAAUGUUAGACUUGAAACCAGAUCUUGCCUCCCAAGUGGCAGUAGUUUAUUUUAUAUGCAUCUGACAGCAGAGGGUUAUGAAUUGGUUUUGUCUUGAUAACCACCUCUGUUUGGCAUUGUCAUUUGUAUUUUUUUUUUCUGUAUUCAUUAUUUUGACCAAUUAGAUAUGCAUCACUAGUUGGAGAAGGUAACUGGACAUAUCAAAACAUUUUGUGUGUCUCGCAGCAUCUGUCAAUCAGCGUUCAUCACAGUACUUUCAUGUGAACAUGUGGAGGUCAGCCAACCAGUUAAAGUGCAGCUUGUGCCUUUUUAAUACUGCCUUAUAUAUUAAGUUAGCAUUAAAACCUUCAUCUUUUUAAUAGUUUCUUUUUUCUUCCUUAUUAAAAUUUUGAUAGAAAGUCCAAUUCAUGUGAGACACUUUACCCAGCGCUGUCACUUUUUGUCAUUCCACUUUAUGAUGUGUUUGAAUGCAUUAAGGCAUGCAUUUUUUUAAUGAAUAAAAUUGGAAUAAUUUGC